AUGGCGUGGGUCAUGCCAAUAAGCGCGCACGGGAAAGAGCGGCGAUGGGUGGGAUGGACGGGAUGGGACAGACAAGCAGGGAAAGCACCAUCCCAAUCCUCGGACAAUCAGCGAAACGCCGAGGCCGAACAUUAUCAGCAUAGCGGAAGGAUAACGCCGCCGGCGACGAAUCUGCCAAGAUUCAAGAAGUACGAAGUCACGGACUUUAAUUUCCUUAAGGUAUUAGGUAAGGGCAGCUUCGGUAAAGUUCUAUUGGCCGAGCUUCGAGGUACCGAGUGCGUCUACGCCGUCAAGUGCCUGAAGAAGGACGUGGUCCUUGAGGACGACGACGUCGAGUGCACCCUGAUCGAGCGGAAAGUCCUAACACUGGCGACCCGACAUCCCUACCUCUGCCAUCUCUUUUGCACCUUCCAGACCGAGUCCCACCUAUUCUUCGUGAUGGAGUAUCUCAACGGCGGCGACCUCAUGUUCCACAUCCAGAAGAGCGGCCGCUUCUCCGAGCCGAGGGCCAAGUUCUACGCGGCGGAGAUCUGGUCGGGCCUUAUAUUCCUUCACAAGAAGGGUAUCGUUUACCGGGACCUCAAGCUCGACAACGUACUCCUCGACUUUGAGGGUCACAUCAGGAUCGCGGACUUUGGCAUGUGCAAGCUACAGAUAUUCCUGGACAGGACUGCCGACACAUUUUGCGGCACCCCGGACUACAUGGCACCCGAAAUAAUAAAAGGACUGAAGUAUAAUCAAGCGGUGGAUUGGUGGUCCUUCGGCGUCCUCCUAUACGAGAUGCUGACCGGUCAGUCACCGUUUUCAGGCUGCGACGAAGACGAGCUUUUCUGGAGCAUCUGCAACGAGAGGCCGUUCAUUCCGCGCUACCUGAGCCAGAGCUCGACCGAUAUUUUGGUCUGCCUCCUGGAAAAGGACGCGGGCAAGAGAAUACCCGGCCACGAAAUCGCCUGCCACUCGUUCUUCUGUACGAUCGCCUGGGACAAGCUGGAGCGACGAGCGUUGGAGGCGCCCUUCAAGCCCGCGGUGGAGCAUACCCUCGACACGCGGUACUUCGACACCGCCUUCACCGCCGAGCGGCCCCGACUCACCCCCGUGCCCGACGAGAUUCUCACCUCCAUGGACCAAGCGGUCUUCCGCGGAUUCUCAUACACGAAUCCCAACGCGACCGACUGAGGCGAUCACCGGCGCUGGCUUCGACGUCGAGGUUGCCGCUCGCUGGCACACCCUGGAGCUACGCUCGAGCUUCUCUCGAGAGGAGGAGCGAGCAUUCCGGUCGUCGGCUGACCCCUUAAAUCAAGGGCCCAUCGAGACUUUCAUUCUGCCGCUCGUAACGGCUCGGUCGACCAUCGAGACAUAACGCGGAUACCGUUUCCACGAGGAUACCUAUCCCGAUGAAGUCAGACCCGCUUUCGGCUUCUUAGUGAUCUCUAGCCGAUAGCCCAUGCCGAUGCAAGCUCCCUGGAGGAGUUUUUUUUUUUUU